ACAAAGAUGUGCCAAUAAAUAGUAACCAGCUCCAAAAGAAGUAAGAGUCGUUAGAGGUAAGACAUAAUGAGGCACAGGUAACUGGAAGCCUUGGAUAGUCUGCCCUGAAGACACGCCAAGGACACAUAGAGCAGGGGCUGCCUCACUGGCCUGGAGUAGGAGGUGAGAUUUUAGAGACUUGGACCUCAAAGCUGAACACAGUGAAGAGUUGACAAGGAGGCUACCUUGAGCAAUUCCCUUAAAGGAAUUUCCAAAGCUAUACAGACCUAGUAGUGAUGUUGCUGAGUCAAAGGGUGUGCACAGUUUUAUAAAAAGACCUUUCCCAGUCAUAUUCUCCUCCACCCAAAUAGAAUGACCCCGUCAUUCCGAACAAUGACUUCUACCUUGUAUAAAUGUCUCCUCAUUGUCUUGGCCCUCGGUUCUUGUGUCCCCCAACCUGUCAGCCAAGACUUCUGUCUCCAGUCACUCACUCAGGAGCAAGAAAAUCCUUUCCACCGGAGACUGGCACCAGUGAAUGUUGACUUUGCAUUUCGCUUAUACAAGAAUUUGAUAUCAAGAGCCCCAGAUAGAAAUAUUUUCAUCUCCCCAGUGAGUAUUUCCAUGUCCUUGGCCAUGCUGUCCCUUGGAGCCAAGUCGGUCACACACACUCAGCUCAUAGAAGCUUUGGGAUUCAACCUUACAGAGACAUCAGAGGUGGAAAUCCAUCAAGGCUUUCAGUAUCUCAUCCAUCUGUUCAACAACACAGAUACUGGCCUGGAAAUGAACACAGGAAAUGUCCUAUUUCUUGAUUCAAAAGUAAAACUUAUGGAGACAUUUGUGAAUGAAAUAAAGCGGUAUUACAGUGUAGAAAUUUUGUCUACAGACUUUCAAAAUUCAACCAGAGCCACAAAACAAGUCAAUGAUUUUGUCAAGAAUAAAACUUUGGGGAAAAUUGAUGAGUUAUUCAAGGAAUUGGAUCAUGAUACCGUGCUUCUUUUGAUCAGCUACAUUUUCUUUAAAGGAAGAUGGGCAAAACCGUUUGACCCCAACGCCACCAAAGUGCAGAAGUUUUUCAUAAAUAAGAAUGAAAGUGUGGAUGUGUUGAUGAUGUCCCAAUCAAAACCCAAUAAACUCUUGUUUGACACGGAGCUAUCUUGCACAGUGGUGCAACUGGAGUAUUCCGGGAAUGCCACAGCUUUCUUCAUCCUGCCAGAGGAGGGGAAGAUGAACCAGGUAGUAGCCUCCCUGAGCCGAGACACACUGCACAGGUGGUCACAACUUAUUCAGCACAGAUCCAUGAACUUAUACAUCCCCAAGUUCCAGAUUGCUGAGUCCUAUGACCUUGAAAGUGUCCUGAGGGAAAUGGGCAUGACGGAAAUGUUCACCAACCUCGCCAACUUCUCUGGCAUCACUCAACAAGCCUCAGUGAAACUGUCUGAAGUCCUCCAUAAGGCUGUAAUUAGCAUUGAUGAAGAGGGCACUGAGGCAGCUGCAGGCACUGGAAUGAGAUUCUUUUUCAAAUCAGCACUUCCAGUUGUCAAGUUCAACAAACCCUUUCUGUUCAUUGUGUUCGACCAUUUCACCUGGAGUGCUCUCUUCCUAGGAAAGAUCAUGAACCCUGCAUAUACACUUUUAGCCUCCAAAACUGACACCAUGAAAGCAGCCUUCUGCCUUAUCCUCUUCCUUGGGGAAGUCUGGAUGGUAUCAGGGAUCGCCAGGGACUGGGAACCAUGGAAGAUGGCAACACACUCAGAGGUUUUGAAAAACUACACUUUCCUCAACCACAAGCAAAUGGAUGGAGUCAAACAACAUCCCCAGAGGAAAGAUGCUUCAGCAUCGACUGAAGAGAAGCCCUGGCCAGCACUGGAUAAGUGGAAACUCUCAGAAAACAAUGCUAACUUUGGGUUCGACUUGUUCCGAAAAAUAGCUAUGAGGCAUGAUGGCAAUAUAGUUUUCUCUCCUUUCUGCCUUUCCUUUGCAAUGGCGACUUUAAUGUUGGCAGCCAGAGGGCAGACCAGAUCCCAGAUCAUGGAGGGCCUCAAUUUGCAGGCCCUAAACAGUACACAGACAAGUUUCUUGCCUUUUCUCUUUAAGCAGCUCAAGGACAGCAUCUCCCAAAACCAGGAGCUGGCUUUCUCACAAGGGAGUUUUGCUUUUAUCCACAAGGAUUUUGAUGUCAAAGAGACUUUCUUCAAUUUGUCAAAGCAGAAUUUUGACAUGGAGUACAUACCUGUGAAUUUCCGCAAUACUACGCAGGCCAAAAGUUACAUGAAUUAUUAUGUGAACAAGGAGACCAAGGGGAAAAUUCCCAAACUCUUUGAUGAGCUUGAUGCUGAGGCUAAAUUGAUUUUUGUGGAUUAUAUCCUAUUUGGUGGCAAAUGGCUAUCUGCAUUUGAUCCGGCUCUCACUGAGGUUGAAACCUUCCACCUGGAUAAGUACAGAACUACGAAGGUGCCUCUGAUGUACAGGUCUGGCAAGUUUGCUGCCACCUGGGACAGGAACUUUCGUUGCCAGGUGCUCAAACUACCUUACCAGGGAAAUGCCAGCAUGCUAGUGGUCCUCGCCGAUAAAACGAGGGAUCAUCUUGCCAUCGAAGACUACUUAACGGCAGAGCUGGUGGACAAAUGGAUCAGAAACAUGAAAACCAGAAAAAUGGACAUUUUCUUUCCAAAGUUCAAGCUAGAGCAGAAGUAUGAGCUACGGGAACUGCUUAAGCAGAUGGGAAUGAGAACGAUAUUCUCAGCCAGGGCCGAUCUGAGUGAACUCUCAAGUCCCGCGAGGAAUCUGAAAGUAUCUACGAUUUUGCAAAAAGCAGUCAUUGAAGUCAAUGAGAGAGGAACCGAUGCAGCAGCUGGAACAAUGGCAGAAAUUAUUGCCUAUUCGAUGCCUCCAGUCAUCAAAGUAGAUCAUCCGUUCCACUUCAUGAUUUAUGAAGAAACAACCAAGAGUCUGCUAUUCCUCGGCAGGGUGGCCAACCCGUCUCUUCUGUAAUUGAUGACACACACCACCGUCUUAUGCCACCAAAGAGGUAAAGCCUGAAAAAGGAAGAGGAUACCACCAAACAGAAAUGUUUGAAAUAGUGGAAACCAUAUGUGGUCAGACUCAAUGUGGGUAGAAUUCUCCCAAAGACAGCAACAAUAUAGUAAUUCACACACACACAGAGU